AUGGGCAGAAAGAUAACAGCAAACCUAGACCAGAUAGAAAUAGUCGAUACCCCUCCCAGACCGACUCAAAAAAGGAUAUAUGCGAUGAACAAAUGGAUAAAAGAACAAGAGAAUAUCAGAUCGACGGGAAAGGAAGACGAAAGGCAAGAUCGCUGUUCUCAGACGCACAAUUUGGGAGCCUUGCUCAGAUCUAGCAGCCGUAGUCAUUCACACUCUGUCACCAAAUUUAAAUCAACAGCGAAUUUCUACCUCAGUUUUGUAGCCUUCCACGAGGGUGGGGUGAUGAAGAACGGGAUGAUAGAGUGUAGUGUCUGUCAUUCCAAAUUGGUUUCUCCAUCCACAAAGACUAUUUCACGAGCAUAUGAUCGGCAUAGGAUCAAGGUAUCUUCAAAGCAACGGGCGCUUAACUUCCUUCUAGUUGGCGGAGAUUGUGUCCUAGUUGGUUUACAGCCUAUCUUGGUUUUUAUGUCAAAAGUGGAUGGCCGCUUCAACUUUAGCCCCAUCAGCGUCAACUUCUUAACAGAGGUUGCAAAAGUAAUUUUUGCAAUUGUGAUGCUUAUAUUUCAGGCCAGGCGGCAGAAGGUUGGUGAAAAGCCGCUUCUCUCAGUUUCCACAUUUACUCAGGCAGCUCGCAACAAUGUGCUCUUGGCUGUUCCAGCUCUUCUUUAUGCUAUAAACAACUACCUCAAGUUCGUAAUGCAGCUAUAUUUCAACCCUGCAACAGUUAAAAUGCUGAGCAAUCUAAAGGUCUUGGUGAUUGCUGUACUUCUAAGAAUCAUAAUGAGACGUCGGUUUUCAAUAAUUCAGUGGGAGGCUCUUGCUUUAUUGCUGAUUGGGAUUAGCAUUAAUCAACUUAAAUCCUAUCCUGAUGGUACAACUGCUUUGGGUCUCGCGGUUACAACCGGCGCGUAUGUGUACACGCUGAUAUUUGUGACUGUUCCUUCAUUGGCCUCGGUUUUCAACGAAUAUGCUUUGAAAAGCCAGUAUGACACCAGCAUUUAUCUUCAGAACUUAUUCUUAUAUGGGUAUGGAGCUAUAUUCAACUUUCUUGGAAUUCUUGGAACAGUCAUUUUUAAAGGUCCGAGCAGCUUUGAUAUAUUGGAAGGCCAUUCAAAAGCUACUAUGCUUUUGAUAUGUAACAAUGCUGCCCAAGGAAUUCUGUCCUCAUUUUUCUUCAAAUAUGCUGAUACAAUUUUGAAGAAAUAUUCCUCUACAGUAGCUACAAUAUUUACCGGCAUAGCAUCUGCUGCUUUAUUCGGCCAUACUUUGACAAUAAACUUUAUGUUAGGGAUCUCGGUGGUUUUCAUUUCAAUGCACCAGUUCUUCUCACCUCUUUCAAAAGCCAAGGAUGAUCUGCAAAAUGGGGUGGUAGAGACGGUGGAUGUACAGGAUAAUCAUAGGUCAAAGGAUUCAUCCUUCAUAAACAUAGCUGCUGGAGCCAAUGAGGAGGCUAGUCACCUCGUAGGACCCGAUGAAAGACAGCCCCUUCUUCCCACUUAA